AUGUCUCAACGUGAGAGCAGACUCAGAAGUUGGAGUCUAGCAGACAGGCACAGACAGAGCGUGAGAUAUCCGAAGCAUGUUAAGGGCAACAUCACAGUCUUCCCCAACAACGUGCAAGAGCUAGUUAGAGAUGUCCUGCCUCACCCGCUAUUGAAGGUGCUGGAUGAGGUGCACGUGUCCUGGCAGGGUGUUGAGAAACCAGCACCGAGCGAUCUUUCAGCGCUUUUGUCGGUGCGGCGCCGCGUCGUGGAGAGGGCGCUGGUAUGGCUAAAGAGGUACAAUCCUCUAUAUGCCGAUAUCCAUAUCGACACGGCGGAAAUGGAUAGCUGGGGUACGGCCAUACAUGGCGUACCCUCUCAGAUCUACGAUCGUUUGGAACGGGACGAGCCGUCGGCGUCGGAGAAGGCGCGAACAGGGCCAGUUGUUCCACGGACAGAGCGUGGUCUGGAAGAGGACGGACCCGUUGAUAUCCACGAAGUUCUAGUUAUGCUAGGCCAAGGAGACGAUAUUGUUGCAGAUCCAGCCGAGGCGAGUGAGCAGGCUAAUGCAGUUGGCGAAGAUGGAAAUGAGGAGCAGGCGGAGCUUGAGAGUGGUGCCGAUGUGAUCCACGAGACCAUCUCGUUCGGGAUGUUCGCUCUUGAUGACCAGCCGGAUAUCGGGGAUGCGGAGAAGUUGCAGCACGUUUACGACGCUCUGAGCCAGGAGGCUGUUCGCGACGACAAGGCGGGAAGUGAUUGGGCGGGGUCGGCCGAGGUGCGGCGUGGAUACACGUCCGAACCUUAUAUUGUUGUGUCCCGUGGCGAGGAAUUUGCCGAUUCCUUUGAUACGCGGUUCUUUGCAAAGGCAUUCCCGACGCUAUUCCUGGUUGGAAAUGGAGGCCCACGGCAAGCGGAGGAGAGCGUCGCGGACACGGCAGGGGAUAGGGAAAUGGUCCUUGACGCGGACGCCACAGCUUGGCGUCUAGUGUCGUCCCGGAACAUGAGCCUAGAGACAUGGGCAGGCUUGGUUCUCCAGCGUCACGGCGGUCGCUUUGCGACACACCACGUCUUCAGCUUUCUUGUCUUUAACAUGGGCGUUAAGUUAAGGAACCGCCGGGUAAGCAUGCUAAGCGUGAGAAGGAAGAAUUUCCGCGAAGUGGAGCAUAUUGUUUGA